GCCGCCUGAGCGCGCUUCCUUUUGUCAGUCACGUGACCAGCAGAGUGCCCGUUGACUCACUCAAGAUGGCCUCCCCCUUCAAUUCCUGAUCAGUGCGCUCGGCUCGCCGGUUGCGGUUCCCUCUUGACUUGUCUGUCGAUCGAGGUUUCGGUUCCCCUCCAUGAUGCUGCAUAUCCCCGCGAGGAGGAGGACUCAGGCCGUGCGGAGAUCGGCGGAAGAUGGAAGAGGGUCGCCCACCUUGUUCAACCUGUGUGCCCGGGUGGUGAGUGCCAACAUGGACCGCCUGGAGCAGGACGUGUGGGAUUUGCCGGCUGUGAUACUGCAGGGAGUUUUGCCGCUGCUGAAUAUUUACCAUCUGGAAAGAAUAGAACAGGCUGCAGUCAAGAAAGGUCUUUCAACGCAGCAUCUCUGGCGUAAGUACUGGACAGAGAUCAUGAAAGGUGGACGGCCAGAUUGUGUGUCUGUGAAAUGCUGGCGGAAUAAAUUCAUGGAAGCCUUAUUUCACAACGUGCUGCGUGGUGUUGUCGAUGUUUCUGUGGACGGGCGCCUGGAUGACAAGAGAUGUUCCCCUUUGUUCUUCAGCUCACGGCAUGUAAAGGAGUUUACUAUGACCAAUAGGCAGCCGGGGGUGUCGAAGCUCUCACCUGGAGUACUGGACUGCCUCUCAGAGUCUGUUGAAACCCUGAAACUGCUACAUCUCCGAUCGUCUGAUGACGUUGGCAUGCGAUUUUUGAAGAUCGUUCUACACCGUCUCAUCCAUCAUGGACAAGUGAACAAGUUGGCUCUACUUUCCUGGCCUGCUCCGGACAGUAAGCUGUUGGAAAUCAUUUUAAGUAUCAGUGCUGGGUUUUGGCAGUAUGGAGACCCACCAUGUACAAUCUGUUCAAAUAGCCCAUCCCGUGAUUAUUUGAAGAAUGCCCAUGAUCCCAGACUUGGGGCACAUCCUUUACAGACUGCAUGUACUGCACGUGUCUCCAGAGUGCAUUGCAUAGAAGAGGAGGUGGUUAGCCAAAGUGCCUUGUUAAGCCUGCAGCCCCUUAACAUCAGUCAGAAUGUUGCCAUAGAUGUUUCUAACACCAAGUGUGCUGACAAUUCUAUGGACCCUACACUGCCUAUGCCUGCUGUGGGCAGUAAAGUAGCAUCUACCUCAAAGGAAGAUCUUAAAUCUGGUUCAGACUUACAGGACGAUGUUGACUCUAAACAAGAUGACUUGUAUGACUUCAUUUUCAGUGCUCCUAAGGGGGAAGGUAAUGCUGAGGACUUAAAUGAUUUACACAAAGAAAGCUCUGCUGGGGAGGUGGUAAACUUGGGAGCAGUGCCCGUUAAGAGGACAAUUAUUACCUUUAAAAACAGAAACGUUACUAUACCAUAUCUUGAAGGUGCCCAUUACCUUCGAAGUGUCAGAACUCUAAACUUGCACAACAUCAGCUUGAGUCAGGCGGCCUGCCACUCGCUGUGCGUCCUGCUCCAAACAUGGGUGUCUCUGGAAAGACUCACGCUGGCUUACAAUGAUAUAGGUGCAAAUAUUGCCAUGGUGAUAGGUUCGCUUGCCAAUCUCUCCAACCAUCCGGAGUGCAGCCUCCAAGCAAUAUCCCUGAGUGAUUUUACAGCGUUCAUCCCAACUAUUCACCUGUCUCAAAUGAUACUUUCCAGCUUCCCUCGCCUCCAGAUAAUGUCUCUAAGCUAUGACAUGGAGAAUCCCAGCAGUAUUGAAAUGUUCAAGGAAUCCAUGACUGUAUCCGAAUUCAAAGAAAACCAGCUAAAGCAGUUGGAUCUAAGAUUUCCCCAGGACCCGUUGCAUAGUGAACGUCUGGUAUCCUUAUUGCAAGCCUCUACCUCAUUGUUGGAGCUCUCGUUGGACAAUUCCACAUUUCCGAAUAAUGACCUCAUAAAAACCUUGCUGCGCACAUUCUCAGAACACAACACUGCGCUGAAGAAGUUAAACUUGCAUGACAUAAAGCUGAUCGAUGCACAAAAGGAACUUGUGUGGUUCUUAGAAAAUACCAAAAUUGAAGAUCUCCGAUUAUCGUUCUGUCGGCUGUUUGAGAGAACAACUGUGGAUUUCUUCACUCAGUUUGCCGGAGCAUUGAAAAAAAAUAAAUGUUUAAAGGUUCUGAAGCUCUGUGGGAAUCGUCUUGGAAAUGAGGGAUUGGUUGUAAUGGCUGAAAUCUAUGCCCCUGAUUCACUGUCGAGGAUUCAUCACUUGGAUGUCAGCUCCAACUGCAUCAGACCCGAUGGACUCCUUCAGUUUGCAAAGAAGCUGGAAAAAUAUGGGAAUCCCAAGCUUAGAUAUUUAAGCAUUGCGCAGAAUUUGCUGGAUCGCGACCCAGUAAUGGCACAAGAGGCCUUGAAGUGCAUGGAAGACAUGUUUUGCGUCGUCAGUGACAGAUGGGAUUCUACGCAGGCACUUGUUGACCACCUCAGCAUAAUGCGCGCUUUGUUUCCAAAUGGGGACUGACUUUGACGAGCGCUCAGAAAGCCCCAGGGAUUCUGUCGUGAACACUGCGUGGAAGAGACAGGUGUCAGCCCAAUGUGCAGCUCUCUGGUUAAUGUGUGGACUGACCCUGGCUGAGAAUCUUGUUUUUAUUUAUUUUUCCUAUUUUAAUUUUUUUUUAUUAUUAUUGUGAGAGUAUUUUAACAUGUUUAUUAAACUGGCUAGCACUCUCUUCAGAAUAUCAGCAUGGCUCCUUUACUGGUUUCUUUUUAUAUUUUUUAUUUUAAAGCCAUAGUUUAAGAAUCUGCAUUCUUAAACUCUAUAUUGAGUCAAUAUAGUCAAUAUAUGGUCAGUAAAACGGCUCAGGGGAUAGAAUUUAACAUCUGACCUGUAACCAACGUGCAUUACCUUUACCUUAAUAGUUACAAAGGCUUGGUAUCGCUGUGUCAGAAUUUUAUUUUAGGUUUUGUUUUUCUCCCCUCCUUCCCUCAUGCCCAGUAUGUUUGCAGUUAACUGAUCAUAGGUGUUAAUCAAGCUAUCUUGGAAGGGAAAACUGAAAGUGGUGGAAGCAUAUAUGUUAUCAAAAGUACAGAACAGUUAGGGGGGUGAGCCUUAGAGAUCUAUAGAAAACCGACAGGAAAUAUUCUGUC